CAUUUAUUGCUGGUUAAGUCGCGGUUUCGGGCCGAUUAUGCUCAGAACGAUAUGGAGCAUAACAUUAUAAACUCGCAGAUUAGAUUGCUCAAAGUUAAAUAUUUGGUCAGCGAUUUCUAAGUCAGGGACGAAAUAAAGUGAGAAGUGACUUAUAUGGACGCCACAGGUUGUUUUGAUUUUGGGCUUAGAAUUGCCGAACAGAGAGCACAAAGUCUACAAGUUGUCUUGGCGCAGACAAAACUGUAAGGCCGGACACGGAACAGAUAUGAGAUAUUAUAUAUAAAUUAUAUUAUUCAUUUUUCAAUAUUGCGUGAAAUCAAAGUACCACUCUGAGGAACGCCAAAUAAAUAAAUGGAUGAAAGAUAUAGUGCAUACACAAUCGAUAAAUUGUUUCGUUAACUUUGUUAUUAUACAGUAUUGGUAUAUAUGUGUGCCCUGCAGGCAUUGCUAGUUAUCCAUAAUGCUUCAGAUGAAAUAUGAGUAUAAGUUGCAUGUUACUGGACCAUAAUUUUCAGUGAACAAAAAUCACCAGUAUUUGUUCGCAGAAACUGAACGUUUGUAAUGUGUAACCAGGGAGAAUAAUGAACAAAAUAUGCUUUAAUUAGAUAGUCAUUUAAUCAAAACGAAUUUCCCAACAGUGAUAACACAAUUACAAAGUGAGGAUUUACAGAAGUAUCAAUUUAGAAGCCAAAAUCCAUGACUAGGUAAACCAUACCUUGAUUGAUCUAUUUUAUUUCAAAUAAGUGGUUACAAAACUUUCAUCUCCGGAUUGGAAUGGGAAAUUUAAGCGUGUGUGUUUAUGGUCUACUAUCAUUGUUAACUUUCGACAUUUUUCUUAUGUCAUAGACUGAAAACUACUCAUUUUACACUUACGUGGUAUAACUGAAUCAAAUUCCGAAGAUGGAUAUUUUGACACUUUUGACCCUUUUUUCCUUUAUUUUAUUUGUAUAUUUCUAUCAUCGAGGCAAGCGAACCAAUUUUCCUCCCGGGCCAAUGGGAUUGCCAUUCGUCGGCUUUGCUCCCUUUCUCGGCGAAAAUCCUGCUAUUACUUACAUGAAACUCGGGAAGAAGUAUGGAUCUAUUUUCUCGGUUAGAAUAGGAUCUAAAGACUGGAUAGUGCUAAAUGAUUACAAAAGUAUACUAGGGGCUUAUGCUAAAAAUGAACAUGCUUUCUCUGGAAGACCUGAUGUCGUCAUGCUGCAAGUGCUAACGGGGUUCGGCCAUGGUAUGGGAUUAAUUGAUUAUGGCGAAAUGUGGGAGAGUCAACGAGUGUUUGAAGCGAAGGCACUUAGAGGUAUAUCAGCAAGAAGGGGUGUUGAAAAUGCCGUCGUUGACGAGAUAAGACAUUUGAAUGAGAUUUUUUGCAAAAGUAAUGAACAGCCUAUUGACCCAAAAAUUCACUUUGGUAAAGCUGUUGCUAACACGGUAAUGAAUAUUACCAUUGGACAAAGACUGCCAUACGAUGAUGAACGUUUUAUCGAAAUUGUCACUCGAUUGAAAGAUUACUGGACAGACGAAACUGAUGGCAAGUUAUUUGGAAUUAUGUUCUUUUUUCCUGUCUUGAGACAUCUACCAAAGUUUCGUACAACGUUCGCAAAGUUUUGUAAAAGUGUCAAGAGAAUUAAAGAAAUGAUUAAAGAAUAUGUUGAUGAACAUAAAUUGACAUUUGAUCCACGACACCCACGGGAUUUCAUCGAUGAAUUCUUAGUUGAAGCACAGAAGGAGCAGCAGGGUAAUUUCACGGAUGUGCAACUCAUUCAUGCAGUUAACGAGUUUUUCAACGCUGGAAUAGAAACCACAACAGAUGCUCUUCUUUGGAUCUUUCUCGAGUUGGCGCAACAUCCAGAGAGCCAGACUAUGAUUGACACCGAACUAUUAAAUGUAAUAGGUAGAAGUGGAACACCAAGUUGGAAACAUAAAAAUAAGAUGCCUUAUACUUCUGCAUUUAUACAAGAAGUAGAACGUGUUCAUACAAUGGCUCCUCUUUCCAUGCCUAGAAAGACAACAAGUUGCGUGCAAAUCAACGGAUAUGAAAUACCGAAGGACACUCCCGUCAUGCCAAAUUUCUGGGCAGUUCAUCGCGAUCCGAAGCUUUUUGAAAAUCCGGAUGAAUUUCUACCGGAGAGAUUUCUUGACGAAGGCAAUAACUUUCUACCCAGCAAAUACGUCAUCGCUUUUUCAGUUGGGCCACGAAACUGCAUGGGAGAGCAGAUCGCUCGUAAAGAAAUGUUUUUAUUCAUCGUUGGUAUUUUACAGCAUUUCCGCAUCGAAGCAGAUCAGAAAGCAUAUUCUUUACCGCCCACGGAUAAAGGUGUGUAUGGGAUCGCCUAUUCGCCAUUGAAAUACAAAGUUCGUUUUAUACAGAAAUAAAUAUUAAUUUUAAA